AUGGCGAAUCUACGCAGUGUCCUCUUGCUACUUCUCGUAGCUCUUCUCGCUUUAGCUGCGAUCAGCAGCGCAUCUGCCCAGAAGAAUAAGAAUAAUAAGAAGAAUAAACAGAGACCCCAGCAAGAUGGCCAGGGAGGUCAUCCAAGCAGACGUCCCAACCAGGGACAGGGACAUAGACCCCAAAAACAACAGCAGCGACCCAAUAAGCCACAACAGAAUAAACCCAAUUCAAAGGUUUUCACCACAACACUUCCUACUUUGGGUAAGAUUCGAGGACGUACUACAAUCACAGACUGGACGGGCAAGAGCAUAAUGCAGUUUCUCGAUAUUCCCUACGGAAAAGCUGAACGCUUCAAGGCAGCUGAAGCAGCUUCACCCUGGAAGGGUAUUCUGCAGGCGCACAAACAUCAUGCCGGCUGUCCCUCCAUACAAAAUCUGUUGAAGUUCGUCAACCUGGAGGAGAACGGCGUUGAUGUGGAGGACUGUCUGCGUCUCACGGUCAAUACGAAAUCGUUGGAAGGCGAACCUGCUCCUGUCAUGGUUUAUGUGCAUGGUGACUUCUUCUAUGAUGGCGACACAGUAGAAGCGGCUCCUGGUUACCUCUUGGAGCAAGAUGUGGUUUUGGUAUCGGUGCGUUAUCGUCUUGGACCCUUUGGAUUCCUUUCUACCCUCAGCGAGGAGAUGCCCGGCAAUGCGGCUGUUACUGAUCUCAUUCUUGCCCUGAAGUGGAUACAGGAGCACAUUUCAGCUUUUGGAGGAGAUCCACAGCGUGUGACACUCUUUGGACAGGUGGGAGGAGCAGCUCUCAUCAAUGUUCUCACCUUGAGUCCGGCCGUGCCGAAGGGUCUGUUCCAUCGGGUUAUCUACCAGUCGGGCACAGCACUCUCGCCGGCCUUUAUUACGGAUUCCCCUCUAGCUUCGACCACGGAAAUUGCCCGCCUUGCCGGCUGCAAGAGUUCCAAGGUGGAUUCGAUGCACAAGUGCUUCAAUCGGAUGAAUGCCACCGUGUUGUUGGUUGCCUUUAGUUUGCACGGCGAGAAGAAGUCUUCACUUAGUGCCGGCGCCUAUGGAGGCAUCCAGCUGGUCAUCGGUGGACCUUCCGGGAUUCUCCCAGAACAUCCUGGUCGUUUGCUUGCUGCGGAGAAUUUCCAGGCAUAUCCCACUUUGGGUGGCAGCGUAAAGCACGGAGGAACCUUCAUGAUGAGAGACAUUUUCGUGGAAAGCUUAAAUGAGAGCACUUCUGAUGCCAAGAUGAGCGGACCAAAAUAUAUAGAUACGAUUAUACAGCAGAUCAAUGGAGAUGAUCCUACUGGCUCCUGGCGGGAGUUUGCCGAGGAAUAUAUUUUCAGUGAAACUGACAUUAAGAACGGUAGCUUCAAACGUCUAACACCGGGUCUUAUUGAUCUCUGCAGCACAAUUGCGUUGAAGAAUCCAGUUCUCUUGGUGCUGCAGGCGAAUGCCAAGAAGCUGCCUAAUAGCACCUAUCUCUACACCUUUGACUAUGAGGGGGAGUUGAAUCGUUAUGCCACCGGGGAGGACGAGGCCAUCGAUGUGCCCUUCGACAUGGGCGUCAGUCUCACCGAUGAGAAUCUCUAUCUCUUCCCCUGGCCUCGUAUCCAUAUGAUAAACGCCAAUCGCGAUGUGAAGAUUGCCAAGCGUUUGGUGGCUCUCUGGACUUCAUUUGCAGCUGAUGGGGUACCCCGGGCAGAGGGUGUUCCCGCCUGGCCUCCGAUGAGCGAUGAAACUGGACCCUAUAUGCAUAUCGGACGAACAGUCACCUUCGGGGAUAAUUACCUGGAUGAGUACAGCAUUGCGGUGCAGGAGGUGAAGCAGGGUUACAGUCUGGUCAACGAUGAUUACUAUGAAAUUGAGGCCUUUAUACGGGAUGCUCUCGAUAAGCAGGAGAAGCCCAAUGCAACGGAGGCUGAGGACGAAGACGAAGCCGAUGACGAAGAGGAAGGGAGCAAUGAUAACGAGGCGCGUGGUCAAAGUUUAGUUUUUAUUGCCAAGAAAUCAUCACGCACUUACAAACCUGUUAAAAGUUACUAAAGGUCAAUGAAUAUAAAUAUCAGCUAUAAGUAGGUUACCUUAAGAGAAAACUUUCUUUAUUUAUAAAUUAACUUA